CUCCCUGCUUCUAGCCUACAAAUUGGAAGGCAGAUUUGCUAUGUCGGUGGUGAUAAGAAGGAAGCUGCAGGAACGUUAAGUAAAGGGACUGUCAGCACUAAAUGAAGAUCUCCAGGGGCUCACCACUGAAGUUGAUCACUGUUUAUGCAAAUACUAUACCUGCAGUAUGACUGCACCUGGAUCCAUUCAGCUCUCUUCAAAGGACUUACAAGAGGCAGAAAUUAUGGAGAAAUGGAGGAAUAUGUUCCCAUGAGGGGAACCCAGCCAUGGGCACAUCAGUGAAGCAAAAUUUCUGCCAUCUUCUUUAGGUGAAGUCGGUCAUUCCCAGGACAGCUGAGAUGCCUGAGACAGCCUAGAUGCCCCCAAAGCAUUAAAUUGUGAGACUCAAGUGGUACAUCCUCCCUCUGAUCACCACAGUUAAAGCACCAUGACGGAUGAAAGAGAAGCUGGUAUCUCAAAAGACUGGAAUAGCUUUUGCAGUUAAACCAGCUGGGACAAUUAGCAAUGCUGAAUUGAGAGAAAGCAUGGAUAAGAGGGAUGUGACAGAUUCAUAUUACCUGCUCCUCAUGUCCGCCAUGGAGAAGUCUUGUGGAAUGGAAGAAUCAGUGAUGUGGUAAUGGGUGGACCAUUCAGCUGCUCCUUGACAGCUGCUCCUGCAUUUUCACCUAUGAAGCUACUAACAAGAAGAAAACUGAUAAAGUUCCAGGAAAUUUGUCUCAUGAGGGUUAGACAUGCUGCCAUCUGCAAUACAGACAUUUCUAUCAGAGAAUAUGGCCAGGAAAACGUACUGUGUUCCCAUGGUUACUUUGGCUAACAUCCAAAGCCAAUCCCUGUCUCCUGCACCACCUAUGCAAACCUCAGGCUGAGAUGGAAGCUGAAAAGAUACUUGGAUCACAGGAGAGGGCUGGAGGCUUCUGAAGUCAUCACCAUAUUCCCUUUCAAAUGGCUGCAGCAGCAGACUGAGAUACCAUAACCUUAAGAAUGCAGUCAGUUUAUCAAAGAGCUGGCCCUUGUUCCUCCUGUUUGAAGAGACAACUAAAUGGCUUCCUGGGAUUAAUUAAAUGGCAGAGAAGACUGGUUCCUGCUUGUGUGAGAACCAUUUACAGUGAGACGGGCAAAUGGGAAAAAAACUAUGGGUUGGAGACAAGGAAACGAGUUGAGAAUUGGUGGUUCCCAAGAAUAAAGGAACAGUUCUGCAGAAUUUCAGAAACUGAUAAAUCAAGACCAAAAUUUUAUGUGCUUUCUAUGUUCCCAUAUCCUUCUGGGAAGCUUCACAUGGGCCAUGUUCGUGUCUACACCAUCAGUGAUGCAGUAGCUCGGUUCCAGAAAAUGAGAGGGAUGCAGGUGAUAAAUCCAAUGGGAUGGGAUGCAUUUGGUUUACCAGCAGAAAAUGCUGCAAUUGAACAUGGACUUCACCCUGCAAGCUGGACACAAAGUAACAUUCAACACAUGAGGAAACAGUUUGAUGCACUAGGUCUGUCUUUUACAUGGGAAAGGGAGGUAACCACUUGCUUACCAGAGUACUACAAAUGGACACAAUAUCUCUUUCUUAAGCUUUUUGAAGCUGGGAUAGUGUAUCAAAAAGAGGCCUUGGUUAACUGGGAUCCAGUGGAUCAGACUGUUCUAGCUAAUGAGCAGGUGGAUGACAAUGGUUGCUCUUGGCGUUCAGGGGCAAAAGUGGAGCAGAAAUACCUCAAACAGUGGUUUAUCAAGACAACAGCUUAUGCAAAGGCCAUGUUUGAUGCUUUAUCUGAUCUCCCUGAGUGGUAUGGCAUUAAAGAAAUGCAAGCAAAUUGGAUAGGUGACUGUGUUGGGUGCUCCCUUGACUUCUUGCUAAAGGUUAAUGGCCAAGUAACAGAAGAGAAGCUAGCAGCUUACACCUAUACACCUGAAGCCAUUUAUGGAGCUUCCCAUUUAUAUAUCUUACCAACUCACAGACUGCUGCAUGGGAACAGCAGUCUCAAGGAAGUCUUUCAGAGGGAGUUCAUCCCAGGGAAAGACUCACUGACUUCAGUGACAGCUGUGAAUUUGCUUACCAAUCAGGAGAUUCCUAUAGUCAUCUCAGCAAAAACCAAUUUUGAUAACUAUCUUGAUACUAAAAUAGGAAUUCCUAGUACUAGUGCAGAAGAUGCUGCAGUAGCUAAGAAUUUGGGCAUUUCUUUCACUGAAGUCAUUGAGGCAUUGCCAAAUGGUUUGGAGAAGGUCAUUAAUUCUGCAGAGAUCACCGGCAUGACUCGGCAGGAGGCUUUAAAAGCUAUUACUCAGCAGGCCAAAAAGAAAAGGAUAGGUGGAGACCUAACAAGUGACAAAUUGAGAGACUGGUUAAUAUCUCGGCAGCGCUACUGGGGAACUCCCAUCCCAAUCAUUCACUGCCCGGCGUGCGGCGCUGUCCCCGUGCCUUACGAGCACUUACCUGUGCUGCUGCCCAAUGUCACCACCUUCACAGGAAAGGGGGCCUCACCUUUGGAGAGUGCCCCAGAGUGGGUGAACUGUUCCUGUCCAAGGUGCAAGGCAGCAGCACGGCGAGAAGUCGAUACCAUGGAUACCUUUGUCGAUUCUGCCUGGUACUACCUGAGGUACACUGACCCUCACAACAGUGACAGGCCCUUUAAUAGUGACUUAGCAGACUACUGGAUGCCUGUGGAUUUGUACAUCGGAGGAAAGGAGCAUGCAGUUAUGCACUUAUUCUAUGCAAGGUUCUUCAGCCAUUUUUGCCAUGAUCUAAAGAUGACUAAACACAAGGAGCCUUUCCAUAAGCUCUUGGUUCAAGGACUUAUCAAGAAUCAGACAUUCAGACUAACAACAACAGGCCAGUGUUUGAAGAGAGAGGAGGUUGAUCUCACUGGAAGUGAACCAGUCCACCUAAAAACUGGUGAGAAGCUCCAAGUUGCUUGGGAAAAAAUGAGCAAAUCCAAGUACAAUGGAAUAGACCCUGAGGAAAUAGUGAAAGAGUAUGGCAUCGACACCCUGCGCCUUUACAUCUUGUUUGCUGCUCCUCCAGAACAAGACAUUUUGUGGGAUGCUAAAACUGAUGCCAUGCCCGGCGUUCAGAGAUGGCAGACACGCCUCUGGGCACUUGUAACCAAACUUAUUGAAGCAAGGACUUCAGGAACCAUGCCCAAUCCUGAGCUUCUGAAUAAGAAAGAGAAGGCUGAAGCCAGAAAGAUCUGGGAGCAGAAGAAUCUGGUGAUUUCUGAGGUAACCGAGUACUUCACAAAGGAUCAUUUGUUCAAUGCAGCUAUUUCCCGAUUGAUGAGCCUCACAAAUGUACUCCAUCAAGCUCCUCGGCCUCUUGUUCUCCACAGCAGAGAAUUUGAAGAUGCUUUGGCUUCCCUCUGCAUUAUGGUUGCACCUAUGGCUCCUCACAUUGCAUCAGAGAUGUGGAAAGGUUUGGCACAUGUGCAGAAUAAACUUUGUACUCAUCAUCACUGGGACGUUGAUGUUCUGCAUCAGUCCUGGCCCAAAGUAGACCCAGCUUACCUUCAGCCAUCAGAUGUUGUGGAGAUGUCUGUACUGAUUAAUAACAAAGCUUGUGGCAAAGUUUCUGUGCCUCAGCAAGCAGCCCGCAAUUUUGAAGAAGUCCAGGAGCUCGUUCUUCAGAGUGAGCUUGGAGCCAAGCACCUGCAGGGACGAGCCAUUAAAAAGGCCUUUCUGUCUCCCAGAACUGCCCUUAUCAACUUCUUGGUGCAAGAAUAGUAAAGGCUCUGCUGGGCUGCAGAAGGGAUCUGGAAUCUUCUGAGGUGGAGACCAAAAAAAGAAGUUAUGGUUAUUUCACUUCAUGUAAAGGUGGGAAGAAAAUCUUGUUAAAAUCAGGUUGCUGAUAAAUCUUCCUUUCAAUGUGAAGAAAUAUGCAGAAUUAAAAAUUAUUAUUAAGUCAUGGUAA